CCCUCCCUUCCCGGAGCCCCCCUCCCCCUUGCUCACCUUAAAACCAACGUGCAUCACCAUGGCGAGUUGCUCCUUCGCUUGCGACCAAGCGACAAGGAGACUGAGAGAUACAGCAGCGGCUACAGCGGCAGCUCUAGCUGUGGUGGCGACCACCCCACUUCUUUCCUUGAGAACCCCGACCGCACCCAUUGGGACCGGGUCGUCUUGUCCGGGAGCCAUGUGGCUCUCCACAGCCACUGGCUCCCGGUCAGACUCCGAGUCUGAUGAGGAGGACCUCCCCGUCGGGGACGAAGUCUGCAAACGGGGCUACCUGCGGAAGCAGAAGCAUGGGCACAGGCGCUACUUCGUGCUCAAACUCGAGACCGCCGACGCCCCAGCUCGGCUGGAAUACUAUGAAAAUGCCAGGAAGUUCCGGCACAGUGUCCGCGCCGCGGCGGCUGCAGCCGCGGCGGCAGCCUCCGGCGCCGGGGUCCCGGCGCUCAUCCCACCGCGGCGCGUGAUCACCCUGUACCAGUGCUUCUCAGUGAGCCAGCGGGCCGACGCAAGGUACCGACACCUCAUCGCCCUUUUCACCCAGGACGAGUACUUCGCUAUGGUGGCCGAGAACGAGUCGGAGCAAGAGAGCUGGUACUUGCUGCUCAGCCGCCUCAUCCUCGAGAGCAAACGCCGCCGCUGCGGCACGCCGGGCGCGCCACCUGAUGGAGGGCCGGCCGCGCUGGCGUCCGCAGCGGCGGCGGAGCCACCCUUCUACAAAGAUGUGUGGCAGGUAAUAGUCAAACCCAGGGGGCUGGGGCAUAGAAAAGAGCUGAGUGGCGUGUUCCGGCUCUGUCUUACCGACGAGGAGGUUGUGUUUGUAAGACUGAACACCGAAGUGGCCAGCGUGGUCGUCCAGCUCCUGAGCAUCCGUCGCUGUGGGCACUCAGAGCAGUAUUUCUUCUUGGAAGUCGGUAGGUCCACCGUCAUCGGUCCGGGGGAACUGUGGAUGCAGGUCGAUGACUGUGUGGUAGCCCAAAACAUGCACGAGCUCUUUUUGGAGAAGAUGAGAGCCUUGUGUGCAGACGAAUACAGAGCCCGCUGCCGCAGCUACAGCAUCAGCAUCGGAGCCCACCUGUUAACCCUGCUGUCCAGUAGGAGGCACCUGGACAUGCUGCCUCUCGAGCCCAGCGGCUGGCUCAGAAGGUCCCGCUUUGAGCAGUUUUGCCACCUCCGGGCCAUCAGUGACGGGGAAGAUGAGAUGCUCCUCACCAGACGCUACGUAACACCCAGCGACCCUGUGCCCCACUCUAGGCGAGGAAGACUGCACCUGCCCAGAGCGCGCAGGUCCAGGAGAGCGGUUUCGGUACCAGCCAGCUUUCUUCGCAGCCAAGCACCCAGCCUGGUGCGUGCCCCGCACCCUGCAGAAGCCCCCAGCCACAGAGCUUGCCUGUCUCCUGAAGCAUCUGGUUCCGACUCCAGCAACUCUGGGAAAGAAGGUAAUCCUCAAGGCCAAGAGGAUCAGGAAGGAAACAGAGGAGGUGACUACAUGCCCAUGAACAAUUGGGGCUCAGGACAUGGUCAGGGCUCAGGGGGGGGCCACGGUUCAACUGGCCAAGGUUCCAGUAGCCAGAGCUCAGGAGGAAACCAGUGCUCAGGAGAUGGCCAGGGCACUGCAGGUGGGCACGGCUCAAGCAGUAGCCAGGGAUCCGGUGGUGGUCAUGGCUCAGGUAGUGGCCAGGGAUCCGGUGGUGGUCAUGGCUCAGGUCAUGGCCAGGAACCAGGAAAUAGCAAUGGCUCAGGUGGUGGCAAGAACUCUGGAGGGAGCAAAGGCUCAGGAAGUGGUAAAGGCUCCGAUGGCAAUGGUGAACGGGCAAAAUCUCUGAAGAAAAGAUCCUACUUUGGCAAAUUCACUCAAAGCAAGCAACAGCAAAUGCCACCACUUCCGCCACCUCCACCUCCACCCCCGCCAGGUGGAGCAACUGGUGGAAAAGGGAAGUCUGGGGGACGGUUCCGACUUUAUUUUUGUGCUGACAGAAGAGCCGCAAAAGAACGCAAAGAAGUCAAAGAUGCAGAGACCUCAGAAGGUGCAGCUGGGGGUCCCCACAGAACCAGGGCUUUUGAUGAAAAUGAGGACGACCCAUAUAUGCCAAUGAAGCCAGGGGUGGCUGCCCCUCUAACAAGCUCCAGUGAUUAUAUGCCAAUGGCUCCUCAAAAUGUUUCUGCUUCAAAAAAACUCCACUCUCGAUCCCCUUUUGAAGAUUCAAGAGGGUACAUGAUGAUGUUUCCCAGAGUGAGCCCACCAACAGCCCCAAGUCCUCCAAAAGCACCUGAUCCUGAUCAAGAGGAUGACUCUAAGGACAAUGACAGUGACAGUGAUUACAUGUUCAUGGCUCCUGGAGCCGGUGCAGUUCCAAAAAACCCCAGAAAUCCUCAGGGCGGCUCUUCCUCCAAAAGUUGGAGCUCUUACUUCUCUCUGCCAAAUCCUGUUCGGAGCUCCCCGUUGGGACAGAGUGACCACAGUGAGUAUGUACCAAUGUUAUCUGGAAAACUGGGGAAGGGCCUAGACAAAGAAACCUCAUCUAUCAGGGGCCCCAAAGAUGUAGCUUCAAAGCCUUCAGUUGAGGGGUCGCUCUCAAAGACUGGAGAUGGGGGGUUACCUUCAAAGCCUUCAGAUGAUGGGUCCCCCAAGAACAAGGCUAAGCGACUUAACCAGCUUUCUUUUAUUGCAAAGGGAAAUAAAAUCAAGCCAAAACCACAAAAGCCCACACACGAGCAGAAAGAGGCUGACAGCUCUAGUGACUAUGUCAACAUUGACUUCACUAAAAGAAAUAGCAAUAUGCUAGCCCCCUUUACUCAAGGACUGCCACACUCAUGGGGCAUAAUUGCUGAUCCCAGACAGUCAGCCUUUUCUCGUUAUGUGAAUGUUGAGUUCAGAGUGCCAUUUCGAAAUCUAGCAAACGAACUCUCAAAUCUUUUAAGAGCUAUUCCAGGUGCCAACCUCUUCUCUCUGGACGGUGCUAGGUGGCCACUUUUGCCUCUUCUUUCCAGUGCUACAGGUAGCAAUGCUAAUGAGGAAGAGUGUGACUACAUUGAAGUGAUUUUCAACCCAGCAAUGACACCAGCCGUGCCUUUUGCUGACAGUGCCAUUCGCUAUGAUGCUGAAACAGGUCGCAUCUAUGUGGUCGACCCAUUUUCUGAGUGCUGUAUGGACAUUUCUCUCUCCCCCAGCCGCUGCUCUGAACCACCGUCUGUAGCUAGGCUGCUGCAGGAAGAAGAGCUAGAGAGAAGACAUCCACAAAGCCGUUCUCCAGAUUUCUUUGCCUCCGCUAGAGCCGCUGUCUCAGCUUUCCCAACCGACAGCCUGGACAGAGACCUCUAUGCCUCCUUAGCCUCCGCUGCCGCUGCGGUCCUUGUGCCAACCUUUGUCGUGGGCCGGGCUUUAGCCAUCGCUUCCGCCCUGGUCGUGGCCCCGGGCAUUGGCGCAGCAGUUGUGGGCUUUGAGGCCGCCGUUGGAUUUAACCCCGCCUCUGUCCGCUGGUUCCAACCUGUUGCUAAUGCUGCUGGUGCCCACGCAGCAAGGGGUGCCCAGGUCGUUGCCCGUGCCUGGAAUCCUAGAGCCCCAAACCCAUCUUCAGACCUUGCAGGAGGUGAGAACCGGGCCGGUGGGGCUGCAGCUGCAGCUGCAGCUGCAACUCCCCCACCAUCACCUAGCCGCCGGGUGCCGAGACCCCUGGAGCGAGAAGAUUCUAACAAUGACGACGACGACGACACCUACGUGAGAAUGGACUUUGCCAGACCUGACAAUCAGAAGUUCGACUCUCCCCAAAGAGAGUGAUUAUAUUGCCACAAAAACACCUUUUAGAAGAAAGGGGAUGCUAGUGAAAUUUCAUCUUUGUCUACUCCAGAUCUACCUAAAAGAAAGAAAAUUCAGAGGUUUCUGAUUGGAAAGCAACCUGAAUUUCGAAAAGCCUUCAAGUGGAUGCUGGCAGUUGAAUGAUAGUAACACAGAUUAUUCAUACCACUGCCUUACGGAUCCAGUGAUUUUUGAAUUAAGAAAUGUACACUGUACUUUGUUUUUGUUUUCUGGUUUCCCUCCCCAGUCUGUCUCUUCGAAAGAAAACGAGUACUAUAAAAGUGAGCAUCUCAUAACUCUUUCCCUUUUUACAAAAAUGUUAUUUACAUAUGUAUAAAUGUGGCCAAUAUCAAUUUUACUGAUGUGUAAUACUUAGAUUUAGCUUGAAGUUGAAAAUGCUUUAAACAAGAGCAGAGAAAGGAAAGUUAUGUUCAUGAGAAGGUAGGUAUGAUCUAGAAUCUUUUUCUCUGAAUAGCAUAUAUCAAAACAUUUCUUGAUCAAGGAAUUAAAUGUCAAGUGAACUGAUAUCUUGAUGGGACAUUUCCAGUAUUUUAAAGGCACAGCCAAAGGACAGAUUAUCUCAGGUUUUGCUCAUUAGCAAAACUGCAACAUUCUGUCCACAUUAAAUAUCAGCUGAAUUGAUACCUUGGUUGAGCAUUUCCAACAUAUUAAAGGCAGAACUGAGGAACAGAUUAUCUAGGUGUCCGUGUACAACACUGUGAUAUUCUGCUUGUAAAUCAAUUGAGCAUUUCCAAAAUCUCUAUUUAUUUUUUUUAUUUUGAAACCCACGUUUUCCCCCUAAAAGAAGAAAAGUUCUUCAGAAGUCUCCCCACAAAGCCCCUCUCUGCCUCUCUGGGACUCUCUACCCUUUCACCCUUCAUGCUCCCCAUCUCUGGCUCUCUCCUUGACACACUCCCCUCUAUGCCCAAGGCUCCUAUAAGUAGAUCAGUUUCCCAUAUUCAAGUAAUUAGUGUGUACGUAUCAAUGAAUGUCCUGACUAAAACUUAAGCCAAAUAGAACCUCUUAUAAGGCCUUGUUUCCCUUUGGGUAAUGAGCCUAUGUAAGAUGUACCAAAUUAAAAAAAAAAAAAUCAGAGCAAGCCUCCACCCCCUCCACCCCAUUUUUGCUUGCCUCUGAUGGAAACUGAAUUAAGAUUUUAGGAACCUGGACCUUUGAGAAUAUGACAAUAACAGGUGGUGAUCACAGAGGACAGGAACAAAGGUCUUGAAGCUUGCCCAGAGUUUUGUUAUGUGGUGGCACACAAUUCAUUACUCGUACCAUCACUGGCAAACCUCAUCAUCCCACAAAUGGGUAUGAAUGACUGUCGAAGUGUAUGAGUGCUAGUGUGUGUGUGCACCUAUUUGUGUGUAUGCACACCCUUGUGUACCUGUGUACAAGUGACUGUAGCUGUACCUGUUGUGUGUAACUGUUAAAAAAAUUGCUUCGCAUUUAAUGUGCAACUUUAAAGUAGUGUAAUAUUUACCUAAACUUUUUUGCCACUCGGUUUUGAUGUCUUUGAACGUGUACUUCUAUCUCCAAGCAGGCUUAUAGUACAUGUUGCUAAGCUAACUUUUCUGAAGAACCGAGUUGAUUUCUAUUAUUUUUCCAACCAAAGGGAUGGGAGAUUCUUUUUUCCCUUGUGAAUGGCGCUGAGGAGAGGUUGUGGUUGCAGUACUAAUCACUACAGUUAUUGGUCACAACUAAGGCAUUGAUUUCAUCAGUUCUUCAGACUCUUCUCUAUUUCCAGUCUAAUCAAAUAAUGCAGUGUGGCUUUUGUUCAUUAUGAUAACAAUGCACUCUUUUAGGCAGCCGUUUUUCAAGCCUUCUGUCAUCAUUUUAUUUUCAAGUAAGUUAAAUCAUAAUCAUUCAGAAUUGUGGAAGAGAAAAGAUUAUUUGGGGGAAAAUGCUAUAUUGCUUUAUUUGCAUAUUAGGUUCAGGGGCUGCCAGCAGGCAGGGUACUUCACAGAUGUAACACUUGCUGAAUAAAUGAAUGGGAAACCUCAUAUACAACAGUACAUACAAAUAAUAACAGGUACAAAUAGUCACAGGUACAGCAUAACAAAUAUGCAGUCUUUUUGACACUACUUCUUAGUUUACAGACACAACUAAUUUAUUCAGUAUUGUGCUGGAAGGAUCUUUCUAGAAUAUGUGAACCAACAUAUCACCUUCCAGCUACCAGUUUAUGCUGCUGUUAAGAAACACCAAUGAUGGAAUGAUUUUUUGUGUGUGACCUACAUUUAGUUUGAAAUCAGACAUAGUCACUUGCUCAGUAAGAGCUAAAACUAUAGUUCCAACAGUUCAUUUCAUUUGCUAUUUCUGCUUCACAGAUCUGCUUUGAGUUGCUCUGGCUUUGUCUUCCUUUGUAAAUAUUCUUAUACUGUCUUUUCUUUGUAAACAUCUUGUUUGCAGUUUGGGGAGACAACCUUGCAACUCUGUAUAGUGUUUAUAUAUAUAUCAGACUUGCCUUUCCAUAGAGCUACUUGCAAUAAAUGUGUUCAUGAAAGUUAUUUUUGUGAAAACUCAUUUUAUUUCUGAAUAGUGUUGUCUCUACUCCAUUUUAAAUAUAUUUUUCUGCUCUGUGGUAGAAUUGACUGCAUUUUUUCAGAAUAAAGCAGUUUGGAUAAUUUAGGGUUUGGGUUAAAGUCACUACACCUAGAAGCAUGAGGCUUUUUUAAUAGAGUUAACACAACAACUCUUGAUUCUCCAAACAUUGAGGUGAUACUAG